CCUAUAACCUUGUAAACACGAGGCAGCUGAUUCAAAACGCCACGCUUUCUCCAGCAGCCACGUGGCACAACCUUAGCCGCCUUCCGGGGCAGUCACAAAAUAAAUCACCGCCACUGGUGCUCAGUCCGCCAGAAGCUUGGAGCUGAAGAAGUCUCGGACUUCGGGGGUUUGAGAUCCGAAGCCAUGGCGACCCGGCUUGCGCGAAGACCAAUAGCUUCGUCUUCUCUGUUCCGGAGAUCGAUGCUCCACGAUUCGUCUCUGACGGCGAUCGCCGCUGGCCACGGUGGCUCCGAAUCGAGGCGGCUUUCGUCGUCGAGAAGCAAAUCAGAGAAGCCGGAGAAGAAGAAGCCGCUGGACCGUUUAUCGACGAUUAUAGACGCCGUUAACGAGCGCAAACUCCCUCCUGAGCUCCGCGGUCAGCGUAACACCGUCAGGUCGGAAACCGACAUUAUCAAUGUGGUGGAGCAGAGAAUAUGGCAUUCAAUGGAAGAAGGUCAGUUUGAGAACUUGCCAGGGAAAGGAAAACCUCUAGACCUGAGCAGCAACAGCAACCCUCACGCAGACCCGGCAGACGAUACAUUGUAUAGGAUUCUCUCGAAGAAUGGUUGUGCGCCGCGGUGGGUGGAGCUGAACAAGGAGAUCAGGACACAGGCGGCAGAAUGGAGGAGGGCUAUGAAAAAAGCUUGGGAGAAGAGAAAUGGUGAAGGGGGCGAGGAGAGAUGGGUGGAGACUAGUGCGGCUUUGAAGGUGCAGAUGAAGCAGAUUAAUAACAAGGUUUUGGAGUAUAAUCUGAUUGUUCCUUUUGGGCGCCAAAUGUUUGGAAUCAAGUGGGAGAAGGAGCUGGAACGAAUGGAGUUGAAAGAGUAAUGUUGCUUCUGAACUAGAGAUGAUUGUAGUAGAGAAAGAUGUUUUGGCACUUUUAUUUGUUUACUAAGACAAGAAUUUUUAUCAAAAUUGAAUACUAAGAAUGC